UUGCCGGCAACGCAAGUACAGCGAUUUUACAUAACGUUUGUUUUUCAAAUAAUUGCAAUAAAUAAAUAACAAAUGCUUCUCAAAUAUUGUCCAAUUGCGCUGAGAGCAGCUGGCUGCCUAUUGCACAACACUCGCAAUCUCCAAACACAACCAAAGGCUGUAAAUCAACUUUCCUUCCUCGUCUCUCAACGUUUCUACAGCAAGAACAACAACAAUGCGAUUGGAAUUGUGGAUUAUGCGACGGUUAAGAAAUUGGCAAAUGAGCCACAAAAACUGCUAAUUGAUGUGCGUGAACCGGACGAACUGAAGGAAACUGGCCAGAUCCCCUCAAGCAUUAACAUUCCCUUGGGCAACGUUAGUCAAGAGCUGGCUGUGAGCGAUCAGCUCUUUAAAUCCAAAUAUGGACGGAAUAAACCUAAAUCCGAUACUGAAAUUAUAUUCCAUUGCAAGAUUGGCAAACGGAGUUUGAAGGCCGCAGAAGCUGCAAACGCCUUGGGCUACAAAAACGUUAAAAACUACGAGGGAUCCUGGCUCGAUUGGGCCAAGAACGAAGGAUUGCCCAAAUAGACAAGUUUUACUGAAUCCAAUUCAAUUAAAUAAACAUUAGUUUAUGUUCAAAUAAAGUGUACUCAAUUUUAACUGAAAUU